AAUGGCAGAAGCUACACCUGAAAUCACAUUAUAGAUAUAUGCCUAAGCACUUGAAAAUUUGGAGAAAGCAUAUGACAUCUUGCAUACUCCUUAUUCCAAUUUUAUGGUUGAGAGCACAAAAAUCUUAGUAUCUCCUGAUUAUCCAGUUGAAAUAAGAAUCAAUAUUGGAAUAUUGUUUAGGAAUAUUUUGAUCGAAUAAUGGGAGUUGAUAUAACCAUCUCGUAAAAUAAUACGUGAACUUCUUUUAAAUGGGUUAGUUAUGAAUGUCUCUAACAUGCCUAUCAUAGAAUUGAUUGUAAUCAAUAAUUAAUACUUAUAAGUCAUCAAUAAUAGUAUCCAUAAUAGUAUUAGAUCCAAGUCAUAUAUGGCCAAGUCCAUUGAUGGAGCUGUUAAAUUGGAUGGACGAUAUGAAUGCAGUUGAAUCUAGUUUAGAACUGUUCUUAUAAUUGUUUGGUAAAUUGAGUGAGACAAAUGGAGAGCAUUAGAAUUUAUUAAAAGAGAUUGUGCCUUUUGUACUUGAGAAGGGAUUUGGAAUAUUUGCAUAGCCAGAAUUAAAUGAGAUGUUAAGAGAGAAAAUAUUAUUAAUGGUGUAUUUGGUAUUAAGAUCAAUAUCAUUUGCUGAUGGAACUGAUAAUUCUUUAAUAAAUAAAUGUUUAGAUAAUACAUUCUAAAUAUGGAUGGUAUCAUAUAUAUAUUUAUAUAAAUAUAGUCAUUAUUUUUAUCAGCCUUAUAAACAUCACCAAAAUCACAUAUUUUUAUUAAGAAAUUAGUUUUGAAAAUUCUAAUAAUAAUUUUUAGAGAUUUUGGAGUUUAUAGUAGAAAAUCACUGGCUCUGUCUUUAAUUCCAAUUUGGAAAUUUUUCAAUUCCAUAACACAAUUAUGCAUUGGACAUAUAGUAUAUUAGAUAGAUGUAGAACAUAUUGAUUCAUUAUUUAUGGAAGAAGCAAAAGAAUUGCCAUUUAGUAGUUAAAGAAUAAUAAAUUUAAGAAAUGGUAUAUUUACAAAUAAUAUAUUAUUAUUAGAUAUUGAGUAUAAAUAUCUUAAUGAAGAUGAUGAUUAUGAGAAUCAUAUUGAAGGAUUAUGUGCAUAUUCUAUAGAGUUGAUUACAAUCUUAGUUACAAAACCAGCUCUUUAUAAUUUAAUAAAAUUUGGAACAUUCCCAUUAUUGAAUACUCUUUCAACAUUUUUGACUGCUACUAAAGAAUAAGAGAAAUAAUGGAUUAAAGAUCCUAGUUAUUUUAUAUUGAAUGAUGAAGAAGAAUUACUUUAAAAGAGUGUAAGAACUUUAGCUUUGAAAUUAAUAAAUGAUAUGAUUGAGAAAUAUGGUGAUUAAUUUAUUUAAUAAAUACUUAUUGUAGGAGAAAAAUUAAUACUUAAUAGAGAUGAAAAAGAAUUCAUAGAUUUAGCUCAAUCAAUUAUAUCUAAAUUAAAUUUCUAAGAAUUAAAAGGAUAAUAAUCUAAAGAUUUUGAUCAAGAUAGUGUAAUGUAAUUUAUGAAAGGUUCUAUUAUUACUAUCAAUAAUAAUCAUUAUCUUAAAUCUUUUAUAUAAAAAAGAAAAGAAACUGGUUAUUUAUUAUUGGGUACUUUUUCAGAAGACAUAAUUGUUUUUUAAUAAAAACAUUAAAGUACUUUUGAUAUUAAAAAGUGUAUGUAGAAUAUUCUAUAUGAAUUAGAAAAAUAAAGUAAAAAUUUAAUAAUAUUUAUUAUUAUUAGAUUCACAUAGUUUAUAAGCUAGAGCAAUAUGGAGUACUACAAGAUAUUCAGAUUUAAUUAGUCAUUAAUUCAAAGAAUUAUUUGUACCCCUUUUUGAAUCAGUUAUAGUAUAUUUAAAUUCAAAAUAUCCAAUAACACUUAGAAUCAUUUCAGUUAAAGCAUUAGGAAAGUAAGAAAUAUUAAUAUAUAUUAGUUAUGCUUCAAAAAUUCACAAAUAUAAUAUUCCAUUUGAAUAUAAAUCAGAGUUUAUGGAAUCAAUAUUGUCUGUAUUAUAAGAGGCAACUCAAGAUUAAAUGAUUUCUAUUUUAGAAUCUACAAUCCAUUUAGUUAAAUUCUCACCUACUUUAGCUACAACUUUAGCAAAGAAUGGAUCUAAAGUGUUAUUAUAGUUUUUUAGUGUUUUCUAUUCAGAAUAAUGUGUUAUAAAACCAUUUAAUGAAUUAAUAGUGAGAAUAUGUUAAUGUAAGGAAGCAUACCCUCAUAUUUUUGAAGUAAUUUUAAUUAUUUAUAUAUAAAGGUGUUUUGUCCAUUCAUUUUAGAUUGUUUUUAAGUUUUUUAUGAAGAUGUUCAUAAAAUAUAAGAUAAGAGUAAAAUAAAAUAAAGUGAUAUUUCAUUAAUGAGUGCAAUUAUGAAUAUUACAUCAACAUUUAUCAAAUUUUGUUCAGAUAGUAAAGCAUAAGAUGCAUUUAUUAAUUUAUUACCUUCAAUGGUUAAUUUAAUUUUGAUUAAUGAAGAUCCAUAAUUAUAAGUUCAUACUAGUUAAUGUCUCAAGAAUUUUAUUAUUAUAGAAACAGGUUAAAUUUUGAAGAUGUAAUAUAUAUAUAUAAAUAUAAAUAUAGGAAUUUAGUUUAAGAUGUUAUGAAAGUUAAUUUAAAAUUAUUAGAAGUACCUUAAAAUUCAGCAAAUGAAUCAGCUUCAUUAUUUGCAGGCAAUUUAGUUAUGAUUACAAUUAAUAAUCUUUUAAAUGGAAAUCCAGAUCUGAAUUUAUUAAAAGCAGUUGUGUUUAAAAUAUACAGAUCUAGAAUGCCAUCUACUGUUUAAUCCUUAGUUUUAGUAUAUGCUAGAAUGAUAAUUGAAAAACCAAAAGAAUCAAUAGCAUUUUUAACCUCUUGGAGUAUUGAUAAUAGAAUGGCUCUUAAAGUUUUAAUAGAUAAAUGGUUAUUACAAUAACCUUUAUUUAGAGGAAAGGGAACUAAAAAUGCUACAUUUUCAGCUUUAAUGAAAUUAUUCUUAGUUAAAGAUAAAACUCUAGAAAACUUAUUAGUUAUUGGUUAUAAUCCUAGUCAUCAGAAUAUUAAUAGUGGUAAUAUAUAAUAAAAUAAAAGAUGUAUAUGCACCAUUCAAAAUCUUAUCUUUACUUAUAAGAUGUUUAGAUAAUGAAAUUAUACCUUCAAAAUAAGAAAAUAUUGAUUAAUAAUUAGAAGAUGAUCGUAUGGAAGUUGAUAAUGAUGAUGAUGAUUUUAAUGAUAAAAGAUAUUAAGAUUAAGUUGAUGUAGAUUUAGAAAAAAUUAAAGAUGAUGAAGAUUAAGAUAUUGCUGAUAGAUUUGCUGUAUUUUUUAAGAUAUUUAUUAUUUUAGUUAUUAGAUCCAAAAGAAAAGAAAGAUAAAGGAUUAGCAGAUUUAGAGACAGGAUCAACAUUAUAUAUGAGUGAAUUCUUAGAUUUUAAUUAAGAAGUUGGAGAAGAAUGUGAUGAAACAACUGAAGAAGAUUUAACUUAUUUAAAAGAUCCAUGUUUAAAUAUCAAUCUUGUGGUAAUUAUAUUUAUUAAUAUAUAUUUUAGGAUACUCUUAAAGAGUUUUUCAUAAAUUUAUAAAAAAAUGAUUAAGAAUAUUUCAGGUUUUGUUUACGUCAUUUACUUAAAGAGGAUAUACUCUUAUUAUAGAAGCAUAUUAAACUAAACUUUUGA